AUGCCUAGAACGUCAACUAUGAUAUAAUGACAUCACCUCCUCAACGUAACCCUAUAUAGACGCCCACCAGAAGCGUACCAUAGCUCUUCACUUCAACACCCUCUGCAUUUAUUCCAUAUUUCAUUCGAUACCCAUUUCCAUUCCCAUCUACAUCUCAAAAAACCUACAUACAUCAAAACUACGAACAUGUCUCACUCAGCUGCCCAAUCAUCCGUCGGCAAGGGCGCCUUCUACGAAGCUGGCGACCAGCGCAACCUGCCCCAGUCCGCCAUCAAGGAGCAGCAGCAAUACGAGCAGGGCGAGAAGGGGAGCCAUUCCACCCUUGAUUCAAAGGACGGACGCUCCAUUGCAAACCGACUCGCCGCCCAGAGCAAAGAGGCUGACCCCUCACACCACCACAACCGGGAUAUCCAGCCCGAGGCUGAACUUAGCAAGCAGGAUCCUGAGAAGCCGGCCAAGCUUCACGGAAACGAGCCAUCAAAAGGAGCGAAGAUUGACAAAGAGUUGCAAGAAGAAGAUGAGCUGCGGUUGAAGGAGAAGGGGAUUAAGAAAUAGAUUGUUCAUGACGUGAACUGUACAAUAUGAUAUAAUGAAGUUUGGAUUGCGACGCUAAGUUGUUGCCUUCGAUGGUUGGGUUCGUUCUAUUAUAUCCCAGGCUGUAAUAUGCAAAAGUUCAAAAAAAGAAAAAGAAAAAAAAAACCAA